AUGUCCGGUCCAAGUUCUAAUGCGAUGCCGACUGGCGUUGUUAGGAAUAGUGCGCUAUCAUUCGUUGCGUCUGCGCAGGCAACAGACGGACCAGACGUAGCAGUUCCGGUCAACCCAGCUGCUUUGGCUGUAGAGAGGGAACAGAUGACUCAAACAGAGCGUCUGAUGCCUCCAGGCUUGACUCCUCUUUAUGAGGCUUGCACCAAAGUAUACCCUGACCAGCCCAACCCACUUCAAGUGACCACAAGACUUAAAUAUUGGUUGGGAGGCCAGGAUCCCCUCGACUACAUCAGCAUGUACUGGAACCCGGGGAGACCCGAUGAGAAUAUACCACCACAUUGGCAUUAUGUUAGUUUUGGUCUGUCCGAUCUUCACGGUGAUGGCCGAGUGCAUCCCGAGCCACUUGGUUGUUCUGGUUAUGGCCUGGAGCUGACCUUCCGACUGGCCAGUGAGGAGAAACAGCCUCCGCUGUGGCCCGCUGCACUACUACAGGCUUUGGCUAGAUAUAUAUUUACUACUGGUAAUAAGUUCGUGUGUGGCGACCAUGUUUCUUGGCACGCGCCUCUCGACGGUUCAUCCUCUAGGGUCCGUCAUCUUUUAGUGGCGACUGACCCGCAGCUGGAGACAACAAACACCUGCCACGGCAGCGUCACGUUCUUACAGAUGGUGGGUUGUACUAGUCGUGAGUUACGAGCAGCACAGCGAGGUUCAGGGUUUGAAGUACUGAAUAUGAUGAGUGAGGAUCCAAGAUGUGGAGGUGCUUGGUUAGUGACGCGCACCCAGAGGCGCGUGUCAGCUCGACUCCAGCACCAGAACACACAGAAGCCAGCUCAUCUGGCCGGAGUAUCUGCUAGGGUUGCUUGGAAGGAGUAUAGUAGUACAGAUGACCAGUCCAGCUGUUUGUCGCCCAGCGUUGAACAACAGAUCAAAGACACACUGCAGAGAGGAUUGAGCUCUAUGAGCGAUAGAGGAAAUGAAGGUCAUAAGAUGUCCACGGAUAGUUUCAAGAUGUCUUCAAUAGAGAGAGCUCUGCCACAGUUACCGGAAAUGAUGCAGGGUUCCUGGCGAGGAGACGAAGUGGAAUAUUUAAAUGGAGUUCACUUACUUUUAAACGCAGAAGGAGCAAGUUUACUACCACUAGCUAUAGACGGUCGAGUACUUCACGAUCGUCACUUCACAUGGCGGCAGGGUCCCCGGGCGGUCACACUGUUGACCCCCGCCGUUGGAGGAGCCUUCGUUACCAGGGCGAAGCCCUACGCCUCUAAAGGACCGUGGCUACAGAUCCUGAUACCACCGGAACUAGCUGAAGAUAUGUCAAAGCAAGUCUCCGGGUUGUCAAGACUAGCAGACAGUGACUCGGAGAGUGAAGAAGAAAGUACGGACACUUCACAACGACCGAGCAUACCUAUUACACUCACAUGGCCUAGCUACAGAUUAAGCAUCUCUGUACUACAUGACUUGGAAAUAUUAUAA